UUAACGGGAUUCAUUUGGGGGACAAAAGACGCCGCUUUGCUACAUUCAUUCAUUAGUGGCCACCAAAGGAAUUUGCAAAAUUGAGGAAAAUAGUCAAGAAAUUCCAAUUACUGCAACAGGAGAAUGGAUGAAAUCAAUGAUUUCUUUGAUUUCUCCAAAGAUUUCGAGAAGAAAACAGUGCCGCGAGGAUGUGUUUCGGGUUCGGCACUCGCAACAGCCGGCAAACCACAAGAAUUAAAUUCGGCAUUUGGCAGGAGGGAUUAUGUUGGGACUUCAUAUGCAAAAUCAUUGAUUGAACAGGAAUGUCUUAAGCUAGAUGAGUUGGAUUUAAAUAAAAGCCAUCACACGGAGGCUCAUAGUACGGUGGCAUCAUCCUGUAUGGAUGAUUUGGAACCUUUAUCCACCGACUCGGAAAAUGACGAUGAGGAAAAUCCCCGAGCAAAACGACCAGAUGAUGGCAUUUAUGAUCGUUAUCCUUUCGAUUUGAAUCGAAAUUCCUCCCUGCCCAUAUAUGAUAAACGGGAUGAAAUUGUUGAGAUGAUACGAACCAACCCAGUUGUUGUGUUGGAGGGAGAUACAGGCUGUGGUAAAACAACACAGGUUCCGCAAUAUAUCCUUGACGAUGCCUAUACUCGUAGGGAAUAUUGUAAAAUUGUUGUUACCCAACCAAGGCGUAUUGCUGCCAUAACCAUAGCUCGUCGUGUAUGCCAAGAACGUAAAUGGCAGGAAGGCACACUUGUGGGAUAUCAGGUUGGUCUUCAUGCAAAUUUGAGCGAGGACACACGUCUUCUCUAUUGUACAACAGGUGUGUUGUUACAAAAACUUGUCAGAGAGAAAUCAUUGGGUCAUUUUACCCACAUCAUAUUGGAUGAGGUUCAUGAAAGAGAUCAAGAAAUGGAUUUUCUUUUAAUUGUUGUUAGACGCUUGUUGGCCACCACAUCUAAACAUGUUAAAAUCAUACUCAUGUCUGCCACCAUUAAUACAAAUGAGUUUGCCAACUAUUUCCGUAUCAGACGUGAACCAGCACCAAUUAUCAAAGCCGAUUCUCGUCGUCGUUAUAAAGUUAGUGAAUUUUAUUUGUGUGAAUUGGGGCGCAUAAAUAACUCGAAUAUACAAAUAGAUUAUGCCGAACCUGGAAUCUCAAACGAAAUGUAUGGUAUUGCAUUGAAACUCAUCUAUGUUAUUGAUAAUAUUGAAAAACAUGAAGCUCCACAUGCCGCAUACAAAACUUCCAUAUUGAUAUUUUUGCCGGGCAUCAAUGAGAUUGAUAAAAUGUGCCGACUAAUAGAAGACAUUAACGAUAUUGAUGACAAUACAAUAAAACUAAGUCCCAUACGUUUGCAUUCGCUCAUAUCACCCGAUGAACAACUUAAAAUAUUUCAUCAAGCUCCCCCAGGUUAUCGCAAAGUUAUUUUAUCCACCAAUAUUGCUGAGAGUUCUGUAACUGUACCUGAUGUAAAAUAUGUUAUUGAUUUCUGUCUUACCAAAUCAUUGGUAACCGAUUCAGCCUCAAAUUUCUCUUGCCUACAAUUGCAUUGGGCCUCGAAGGCAAAUUGUCGACAACGUUCGGGUCGUGCGGGACGUGUAAUGAACGGACGAGUUUACAGAUUAGUACCACGUUACUAUUAUGAUAACUGCAUGAAUGACUAUAGUGUACCGGAAAUGUUGCGAUGCCCAUUGGAAAAUGUUGUCUUGAGGGCAAAACUCUUGGAUAUGGGUCCGCCACCCGAUAUUCUAGGCUUGGCCAUGAAUCCACCCAAUUUAAGUGAUAUUCACAAUACAAUUUUGAUGCUAAAAGAACUGGGUGCAUUGUAUAUGACCGUAAAUGGCACAUAUUCAGUACAAGAUGGAGAUAUUAGUUUUAUGGGACGUAUUAUGGCAGCAUUACCGUUGGAUGUACGUCUAAGUCGCCUAAUUGUUUUGGGUUAUAUUUUUGGUGUCCUUGAUGAUGCUGUUAUUAUGGCUGCUGGUUUGAGUGUUCGCUCGGUAUUUCAGUUUCAAGCAAAAACUCCCCAUAGCGAUUGUGAGGCCUAUAUAAAGAAGUUGUCCUUUGCUGAUGGGUCUGGCUCCGAUUUAUUUGCCAUGUUAAAGGCAUAUAAGCUCUGGUCUUCAAUGUGUGAACAAAAUAAUUUGCGUGACGAUGAUGCCCAAUAUGCCUGGGCCAACCGUUGUCAUCUCAAUAUACGUUCCCUCAAAGAAAUGCAUUUGUUGCGGCAAGAGAUCCUAGAACGUUUAGAGGGUUUCAAUUUAAAAACUCGCAAUUCAUAUCAACAUGUUCAUUGGAUGGAUCGUGAAAAAACAACAAUUUUGAAAAUUGUUAUUGCCGGGGCAUUUUAUCCCAACUAUUUUACACGCACCACCUUAAAUGAUACAGAUCGCGAACGUGGCCUCUAUCACAUAUUGUGUGGCAAUGAUCCUUGCAGCACGGUUUAUUUUACCAAUUUCAAUACCAAACAUAUUGGUCAAUUGUAUGCCCAUUUCAUUAAAGAUAUAUUUCGAGAUCUGGAAAUUGGACCACAAGAUAUAGAAGUACGAUUUCAACCAGGCUCAGAAAAGGUAUUGGUUACCUUUAAAAAUGAUCUGGAGAAGGACUAUGAUGAGAGCAGUAAACGUUUGGUGGUACCGGGUCGGGUGCGCCCUGAGGUGUAUAAGGCCAUACGAAUGCGUAUGUCAAAAAUGCGCACAGUCAUCAAUGUUAUGGAUCCCCGGAUGGCAGUUAAAUAUGCCGAAGACAAGGGCUAUGGCGCCAUGAUAGACGGUGUAUGGCAGCCGGUGAAAAAUCAAAUAAAACAUCCCGAUUUGUUUGUCCUGCCAUCGGUGUUUCAAAAGAAACUAAAAGGCAGAAUAACUCAUAUUGAGAAUUGUGGUAAAUUCUUCUUUCUCCCCAUAACUGAAAAGAAUCGUUUCAAUGAAAUGCUUGAUAUAUUGAAUGAUGAAAAAAGUUUGGAUACUGCACGAUUUAAGAGUCCAGCAGAAGUGGCAAAAGGCAUGAUUUUGUGUGCUCCUCUUAAUGAUCGUUAUCAAAGGGCCAUGGUUUUGAAAAUCUCCUCAACAGCCACGUUGCAGUUUAAGGUAUUAUUUAUUGACAAUGGUAGUACGGCAUUUGUACGCUUCGAACAGCUACGUGCCUUUUGGCCACAAAUUGCUUCUAUGGCCGAAAUACCACCACGUAUAUUUGAGUGUCGUUUGGCCAUGAUUGAGCCCUCAACGGUACGCUCACCGAAUGGUAAAUGGUCUGAGGAGACCAAAGAACUCUUACAAGAAUGUGCCGACACUGGUGUUGUGGAAAUUGAAAUAUUUUCUGUAGUCGAGGCCGUGGCUAAUAUUAUUAUAAAUAUAGGCAAUACAACUUUCAAUGAUCUAUUGGUGGAAAGGAAAUUGGCCAGAAGUUCCGAUGAGAACUAUCUCUCCAAGAGUGAUCACGAUAAUCGUCAGCGCCAACAGGCAUUGUCCAAUCGUUAUUUGGACGAAGAUCAAGUGCGGCAAAAAGUAGAAUAUCUUGAGUCUAUUUUACCGAAAAAGGAUAAAGAUAUACCACCACCCCCGCUGACAAUGUGUAACAAAAUGAUACGUUUGCGUGGCCCAUUCUCUCCCCUGGAAACGAAAAUAUUCUCCACCGUGCGGGCGGGUUCAUGGAAAAGUGUUGAAAUUGAAAGAGACUCAGUUAAUUCAGUGCUACUUGAUACCGAUCCGCAGGAUGUACAUGAACGUUUGUAUGUGGCGGCGGGAGUGACAGCAACCCAAUCGGGUGAAACAAUUGUUGCACGUGCAACUACUCUUAUGCCAAAUAUUCAUGGUUUUGGUGCCCUAAUGACAAUGCUGUUUUGUCCAACCAUGCAGAUUAAACGUAAUAGCAGCUGUACAAAAUAUGUUGCCAUUUUGGCAGGUUUGGGUUACAAUCCCACCAACUACAAGCCAUUGUAUGCCGAACAUGAUGUGGUCCUCAAUUUGGAUGUGGAAAUUAAAACGGAAGAUUUUGAAAUGAUCAAUCAAUUACGCUAUUGCAUGGAUUCCUUGCUGUUCACGGACAUUGGAGAAGAAAAGCCCACCAUUCUACCAAAACAAAUUGGUGAUUUGCAGGCUAAAAUUAAACAGCUUAUUAUUAAGUUGCUGAGUAAAAAUCGCAAAUACAUUGAGACGCAUGUCAGUGAAAAUGACAAUGUUUGGCUGGAACAUGAUAGCAGUGAAAUUUUGGAAACCGUUGCUGUUUUGGGUGAUCGUUCGCUGUUUCCCAUGUUGCCCGCUUUGGUGUUGCGUGAUGAGCAGUAUGAUAAAAUACAAGCCUUGCUGUUGCAUUGUGAUGAACUGCAUAGAUUGGCACAAUUUGGUGACACAGUAAAGCCUUUAACUUGCCGUUUGUGUAAUCAGUAUUUGGAGAAUGUUAUGCAAAUACGCAUCCACCUGCUAUCGCAAUUACAUCGCGAUGGUGAACUGAAAAUUCGCUACAAACCAAAAAAAUAAAUUCCUCAAGGCCAAAAAGAACCAUUAUUUUUAUGAAAAAUAUACUUGUUCUUGAAUUAGUUUUAAGUUGAAAUGAAUUCCUCGCUUUUAAGUUUUGAUACUAGCAAUAUAAUAUCUUUGAAAAAGAUAACUUUGAAUAAAACCAGCAGUUUUUUAUGCUAAAAUAUAUAA